CGCAGAGCACAUAUUCUUAUCAUUUAGGAAAUCAAAAUCACCAUUUGCAGUUUGCAAGCAUAUUUUGGCUGUGUUAUUUUUUAGUUCUUCAUGCUUUGGAAGUAACAGUUGAAGAGAGGUGAGGAAAGUUUGUGAAAAUUGUGAUCGGUGAUUAGCUGCCACCUGCCUGGGGUGUCUUCUGAGAGGAACUAACCUCUUUGUGGUGCUAGAGCAAGGUCACUGGAUUAAAAACAGAACAGAAACAAGUAAAGUGGACUAUGUCCUCUUUCAAGCUGCCACAGCCAUAAUGGAAGCAGUUGUCCGGGAAUGGAUUCUCUUGGAAAAAGGAAGCAUCGAGUCACUGCGAACAUUCCUCUUGACCUAUGUCUUACAGAGGCCUAACCUCCAAAAGUAUGUUCGAGAACAGAUUCUAUUAGCAGUAGCAGUAAUUGUAAAACGUGGAUCUUUAGAUAAAUCAAUUGACUGCAAAAGCAUUUUUCAUGAAGUCAGCCAGUUGAUAAGUAGUGGCAAUCCCACUGUGCAAACUUUGGCCUGUUCUAUUCUAACUGCACUAUUGAGUGAAUUCUCAAGUUCAAGUAAAACUAGCAACAUUGGACUCAGUAUGGAAUUCCAUGGUAACUGCAAAAGAGUUUUUCAGGAAGAAGACCUCCGUCAGAUCUUCAUGUUAACGGUUGAAGUUCUUCAGGAAUUCAGCAGGCGUGACAACCUUAGUGCUCAGAUGUCUUCGGUGUUUCAGCGCUACCUGGCGCUCGCCAAUCAGGUCUUGAGCUGGAACUUUCUUCCUCCGAAUUUGGGCAGACAUUAUAUAGCUAUGUUUGAAUCUUCACAAAAUGUGCUGUUAAAGCCGACCGAGUCCUGGCGGGAGACUCUUCUGGACAGCAGAGUUAUGGAGCUGUUCUUCACGGUACAUCGAAAAAUCAGAGAAGAUUCAGAUAUGGCACAAGAUUCUCUUCAGUGCCUUGCCCAGUUAGCUUCUCUUCAUGGACCCAUCUUCCCCGAUGAAGGCUCACAAGUUGAUUAUCUAGCACACUUCAUUGAGGGAUUACUGAAUACUAUCAAUGGAAUUGAAAUAGAAGAUUCUGAAGCUGUGGGAAUCUCCAGCAUUAUCAGCAACCUGAUAACUGUGUUCCCUCGAAAUGUUCUGACUGCCAUUCCAAAUGAACUUUUCUCGUCCUUUGUUAACUGUCUCACACACCUCACUUGUUCUUUUGGGCGAAGUGCUGCACUGGAAGAAGUGCUUGACAAAGACGACAUGGUGUACAUGGAGGCCUAUGACAAAUUGCUGGAAUCCUGGCUAACUUUGGUCCAAGACGACAAACAUUUCCAUAAGGGUUUUUUUACCCAACAUGCAGUUCAAGUUUUCAAUUCCUAUAUUCAGUGCCACCUUGCUGCUCCAGAUGGCACGAGGAAUUUGACUGCCAAUGGUGUGGCCUCUCGUGAGGAAGAAGAAAUAAGUGAACUUCAAGAGGAUGAUCGAGACCAGUUUUCAGAUCAGCUAGCCAGUGUAGGAAUGCUAGGAAGAAUCGCUGCAGAACACUGCAUACCUCUUCUGACAAGUUUAUUAGAAGAAAGAGUAACAAGGCUCCACGGCCAGUUACAGCGGCAGCAGCAGCAGUUACUUGCGUCACCGGGCUCAAGUACUGUGGACAACAAAAUGCUCGAUGAUCUGUAUGAAGAUAUUCACUGGCUGAUUUUAGUUACAGGCUACCUCUUAGCUGAUGAUACUCAGGGAGAGACUCCGCUAAUACCUCCAGAAAUAAUGGAAUAUUCCAUUAAGCAUUCAUCUGAAGUUGACAUAAAUACAACACUUCAAAUUUUGGGAUCUCCAGGAGAAAAGGCUUCUUCCAUCCCAGGGUACAACAGAACAGAUUCUGUGAUUAGGCUAUUAUCUGCCGUUCUGAGAGUUUCAGAAGUUGAAUCUCGAGCAAUAAGAGCAGACCUCACUCAUCUACUAAGCCCUCAGAUGGGCAAAGACAUUGUUUGGUUUCUAAAACGCUGGGCAAAGACUUACCUCCUGGUGGAUGAGAAACUAUAUGAUCAGAUAAGUCUGCCAUUCAGUACAGCAUUUGGAGCAGACACGGAAGGUUCUCAGUGGAUUAUUGGCUACCUCUUACAAAAGGUCAUCAGUAACCUCUCGGUGUGGAGUAGUGAGCAGGACCUUGCAAAUGACACUGUGCAGCUCCUUGUCACUUUGGUGGAAAGAAGAGAAAGAGCAAACUUAGUGAUUCAGUGUGAAAACUGGUGGAACUUAGCUAAGCAGUUUGCAAGUCGAAGCCCGCCUCUCAAUUUCUUGUCCAGCCCUGUGCAGAGGACCUUGAUGAAGGCUCUCGUCUUGGGGGGGUUCGCACACAUGGACACGGAGACCAAACAGCAGUACUGGACAGAGGUUCUUCAGCCCCUUCAGCAGCGGUUCUUAAGAGUGAUAAAUCAGGAAAACUUUCAGCAGAUGUGUCAGCAAGAGGAAGUCAAGCAGGAAAUCACGGCCACGCUGGAAGCCCUGUGUGGUAUUGCAGAGGCUACGCAGAUUGACAAUGUGGCAAUUCUUUUUAAUUUUCUGAUGGACUUCCUCACCAAUUGCAUCGGAUUGAUGGAAGUGUACAAAAACACCCCAGAGACUGUCAACCUCAUAAUAGAAGUUUUUGUUGAAGUUGCACAUAAACAGAUAUGCUAUCUGGGAGAGUCCAAAGCUAUGAACCUCUAUGAAGCCUGCCUUACUUUGCUGCAAGUAUAUUCUAAGAAUAACUUAGGGCGGCAAAGAAUAGAUGUUACAGCAGAAGAAGAGCAGUACCAGGACCUGCUUCUUAUUAUGGAACUUCUCACUAACCUCCUGUCAAAAGAAUUCAUAGAUUUUAGUGAUACAGAUGAGGUGUUCAGAGGACACGAGCCGGGCCAGGCGGCAGGCAGGUCCGUGUCUGCAGCUGACGUCGUUCUCUACGGCGUGAACCUAAUCCUGCCUCUGAUGUCACAGGAUCUUUUGAAGUUUCCAACCCUUUGUAAUCAGUACUACAAAUUAAUCACAUUUAUCUGUGAGAUUUUUCCUGAGAAAAUACCACAGCUUCCUGAAGAUCUUUUUAAAAGUCUGAUGUACUCUCUAGAACUAGGCAUGACGUCAAUGAGUUCGGAGGUUUGCCAGCUCUGCCUGGAAGCGUUGACGCCAUUAGCUGAACAGUGUGCCAAAGCACGAGACACGGAGUCCCCUCUUUUCCUAGCAACACGGCACUUUCUCAAGCUGGUUUUUGAUAUGCUGGUUUUGCAAAAGCACAACACAGAGAUGACCACUGCGGCCGGGGAAGCUUUCUACACGUUGGUGUGCUUGCAUCAGGCUGAAUAUUCCGAAUUGGUUGAAACAUUACUGUCAAGUCAGCAAGACCCGGUCAUUUACCAGAGAUUAGCAGACGCCUUCAACAAGCUCACCGCAAGCAGCACUCCUCCGACGCUGGACCGGAAGCAGAAGAUGGCCUUCCUAAAGAGUUUAGAAGAGUUUAUGGCAAAUGUUGGUGGUCUCCUUUGUGUAAAAUAAACAAUAGAACUUUAUGCUUAAUUUAGAUCCUUUCUGCAAAGUGCACUGAAUUGCUGAAAGUUGACUUGAGUCUUGUCCUGUUCUUCAGUUCUUUGGCCGUUUUGGAUUUCGGAGAGCCUGAAAGUCCAACAUUAGCACAGUGAAUCAGGAGAGGUCACUUUUGAGUCAGCUUCUGCUGUUGGAUGUUAGCCGCAAUCUGUCAUACAUGUCUUGUAGAUUUUAAAUGUUGAUUUUAAGAUUUUCAAUUCCGUAUAUGUGCAAACAGUUAUGGGCACCAUGAAAUGCACAUUCAGUGCCUUUCAAACAUUAGGUGGCUAGCCAAAGUUGAGAUUUUCUGUUAAAUACAAAGGACAUAUGCCCAGCAUUGUUUCUCAGAAUGUUGUCCACAGGACACCUGCAUCUCUUGAGCUGGUUGGAAAGAUUCCUGGGCCCAACUGUAGACCCUCCAAGUCAGAGUUUCUGCUUGUUGGGCCUUGGACUCUUCCUUUUUACAGGCUCCUCCCUUCUGCCACCCCAGAAGUCUUGAAUCAAUGCACAAGACAUUGGAAACUCCUAAGAGGUUUUGUGCUUUCAGACUUUUCCUCCCUUUGAUGAUAGGGUUUCUAAUUUAGCAGGAAAAAGAAACACCGGUGUUUGCUGGCCUCUUGGGGCACAGACACCACGUUUGUUGGCCUCUGGGACAAAUCUUCUUGUUCUUUGUUGGUUGUGACAUCAGCCUGGUGCUGCAGGUUUGUGUGAUACAGGUAUCUAAUCAAACUGAUGCCUGAACUUGAGGAGGAAAAUGUGUGUGUGUUUUUGUUCCAUAAAGCGAACUUUAGGAACUGUAGCCAUUUCAUUGCCUUAAUUUUAAGAAGAAAAUACAAAAAAGAGAUUUGUUUUAGUAAGAAAUCAAGUCUUGAUGCUUCAGAGUUGGUUAAGAGUGUUAGCUGCUAUGAACCUGGUGCCCUUUUGAUCGUGUAUUUAUGUUGGGUUUAUGACUGAAAUGAAAAGUCUCAUUCACACGUAGUCUAACUUUUUGGGUAUGUUUCUCUUCAGCCAUGGAGAACAUGGCUAAUAAUCUAUUCUGAAUGGCUUGCUUAAGCAAUAACUAUUUUAAAGGAUGUGAAUUACUGAUUCAUACAGACUAUUAUACAUUGGGGCAUUUGGGGCAAUAAUUAUGCUUGAGUGGACGUUCUCUUCAUUUCACAAGAACUGUGUACAUUUAAUUUAAGAGAUUAAAAAAUUCCUAUUUAGGUCCUCUAGUUUGAUUUUUCUAAUCAGGACUCUUGUAUCUGCUGCCGAGCUCCGCUCAAUUCCUCUGGCCAGUUUACGUGGCGGAAGCAGAAGCGACUUAGAGACUGCCGGCUCGUGAGGCUCCGCCCUCCGCACGGCACCCGGAGCCAGGCUCCCUGACGCUGCGCUGGCAAGGUUGGGCUUGCCCAUGCUGCUGGGUCCAUGACACCGGCAGGCUCAGCUGUCCCUCGAACGUAGUCCAGAUCUGAAUGGCGUCUAGUGUACGCACCUUCACAGUGCUGCUGUGAGCAACCAUGUGUAACUCUGUGCUACUACCAGUUAACAGUCUGGAGCGUCUGCCUUAUAGCCAGCCUGUUCCGGUGAUGUUAGACACGAGUGAAUGCAAGCUGGAGGCCGGAACUCUUAAUUCGAUUACUGUUGAUUAAUAAAUGAGGUGGAGCAAAAGCAUCUUAAAAGGAAAAAACUAGCAUCACUCCUCAUGAAAUCCACAUGUUGUAUUUUUAAGAACACUUUGACAAGUGCAUUUAUUCUUAGGUUUCUUCUUUUUUUCCCCUUAACUUGUGGCAAUACUUUUCCUUGAUGUUUUGUGUUUCCCAGCCCCCUCAUGCUUUCUUAAGAGUUGUGAGCAGUGUGUAUCUGUGUGUUUGAUAAGAAUAGUCCCAUUGCCAAAGGACACUGAAAUACACAACUGACUGGGUAGGUCUGCCAUGACAAAACAAAUCAAAUCAAAACCAAAAUCAAAUUAUUAUAAGUAAAGAUGAGUAGGAAAGAAAUACCUUGGCAAAUAAAAAGGUGUCAGUGUUUAAUAACUUCUUUCUAGACAUAAGUAUAUUUGUAAAAUUUGCCCAGGUUUUAUUAUAGUACUGCAAUCUCAUUAGAUUCGUUUCAAUUAAAGUGAGAUUUACUUCAGAUUGGACCAAACAAGGUUUCCGGUAUCACCUUAAGGUUGAUAAGUGGCAAACUGGAGGAAAAAGCAACCCCCAUUUUCUAGGUAAUGGAGAAACCACUUUAGUUGCAGUGGCUAAGACUUCUUUAAUGGGUGUUUGUGUUAAUGUUUGCCUGAUUGAAUAUUUGUUUAGUUUUGGGGUCUUUUGUUUUACUUUGUCCAGUUUUGUCACUGGCUAUGUUUAUUGACUCUAGUUUUUUUGGGCUUUGUUUUAAUGUUCUUGGCCCAGUGGAUAUAAAGAACACUGGCUUAAUUCUAGUAAAUUGAUUUUUACUAUCAAAACUAAGUUGUUAUAAGAGUUUUAAAAACAAAAACAUUACUUGUGCCCCCCCUUUUUAUGUGUUAAAGGGACACUGUCAAGGAUAUGAUUUUUAGAAAUUUGUGUUUUAUAAAAUUUCUUUUGUUCAUAUAUAGCAUCCUUUAACUUCCUGUUUUCAAUUCUUUGACUUAUUUUAUUUUCCUUGCCCAUUUGUUUCCCAAGGGCACAAUCUCUACAGAGGCCCAAGGCACAAUCACUAAGGACUUGGUCCUUACACAAUUUGUAUCCAUAUAACUGCGCCUAGAGCUUUAUUCUUGUAACGCUAUUAAAAGGAUAGGUUUGCUUUACAGUUCGUCUGAAUGGUGACCGCCUGGGUAGCUAACCUGCUUCGCAGUAUUUGACAGUGUCCUCAACGCAGCUGUCUGGGUCUUUUCUGCCUGCUGUGUCUUAAGCUGUUGGAAGACAGGGGGGCAUGUUAUCAUUACUGCAUUGAGUUUUUUGUAUGGUUUAAAGUGUGACAUGUAAAAAAAGCAAAAAAAAACUGCAAUAUUUUUCAAAGAAUUUCGUCUUCAUUGUAAACCGUGUUUCUAAUUAUAUUACAUUACUCUGUUCAGAUAUGAUGGUUACUACCUUUUUCAGUUUUCACUUCAAAACCAAGCAUCUCUAUAAUUUCCCCUCAGUCAGCAAUUUUUCAUGCUCCCCGUACUGUCUUUGAUUGAACUUUUCUCUUUUACCAAGAUGUCAACUCUUUGUCUUUCUAAUACCACCAUAUAUCCCAUUUCUGUUUAUAUCUGUAUGAAUCCCUCAAGUAUUGAAGGUAACUGGCUUUCAGUUUCAAGGAUUUCAGGUUUGAAUCUCCUACUAUUCAGUGUCAGUUGAACCCUUAAAAGACUCAUCUGUUACAGUUUACUUGUUUCUGUUUGCCACUUAUCAUUAGAAGUAGUUGUCAUUAAACCUUACUAAGUUAGCUGUCUCUGAUGGAUAAUUAUCAUAAUUGGUUCCUGAAUAAAAUAUUAGCUGUUAAGGCAGAAGGAACCUCAGUACUUCUUAGUGUCGUUGUUGUUUUAACCAGAAAAUAAGGAACUGAUUGGAUAUAAGCUUUUAACAUCAUUUUCUUUAAAUUCUUCUACAAAACAGAAUAGCUGAUUUGAGGAUGUAAUAAUGUUUUAAAUUAUUUAAAAAUUAAGUGGAUAUUCUCCGAUUUGGUAAAACACUGCAUUUAAGAAUUAGUUAAAAACUGAUUUUCUAAAAUUAACAAACGUCCAAAUUAAGCAUAUUGCUGAGCUCAAAUUGAUUUGAAGUGCCCUGGUUCAGGCUGAACUUGAAGUGUGUAAUUUAGAGGUGUAAAAUGUGAAAUAGUCCUGACUGAUUAUAAUGGGAACCCAGGACAUACUUAGCCAAAGAAUCUGUUUGGUCCAUGUGAAGAUACAAAUUUAAUAAUGGCCGUCUGUUCUGUUUUAAAGAGGAUGGGUGCCCUGUUUCUGGCCUGUAGCGCGCUCUACUUCGAAAAGACAAAUACUCCACGGCAGCUUUGGUGGUGCCUGCGAGGUGCAGCUUGCACAUUAGACUCCAGAGACACACCCAAAACCUUCCUCUUCCACACCCACUGGGGCUUCACUCCUUACUUAUUCCCAGGCCGCCUCACCGGGGGAGAGAUGUUGUUUUCUCCUUUUCAGUCCUCUUAGCUAUUAGGAGCUAUCAGAUAUGUACUAAUAGCUCAUUUUUCUAGCCUGAAAUUAAAACUACACUGUAUCUGCACUAUGUACCUGAUGAGGAUCUGACCUCAAGUGUGUUCUGAGCCCAGGCUUCCUGGCAUGGUGUCUUUUACCACAUAAAAUUAUGACAAACUGCAAAUACUGGUAUUGUGAUUUGGUUCUCUGUACAAAGAAAGAAGCUCCAUGCAGUGAGUUUGUGGUUUAAUGGUCACAAAAUGUUAGCACUGCUACCAUUCAGCACGUGUAAAAUUUUUUAAAUUUAUAAAUAUUAAAAUUUUAAACUUA